GGGAGGCGGCGGAGCGGCGCGCGGGCCGACGGACCACGCGCUGACGGGGGUCCGAGAGACCACAGACCGACUGGCAUAGGUGUGAGUCGCGUCCCGUUGCGCCCCGUCGAGUAGAUUCGAAUCGCGUUGGGACUGCGUCAGCCUAAGACGGUGUUGUAGAGAUUGGAUACGAGGUACUCGGACAAGGGGAGCCAUGAAGAAUUGCCGGGUGCUCCGGGUCAGUGUGGUGAUUCUCAGCUACGCUGCGCUGCUCAACUGGACCGGGGUCGGCGCCAAUUGGUGGCUGCUGGGAAUGCAGAGCUCCAUCGACCUUCAGAUGGCGUCCAGCUCUUACCAGAACACCUGCCAGAAGCUGCACUACCUGGUGGCGCGGCAGCGGGAGCUCUGCGGCCUGGACAGAAACAUUCUCCAGUGUGUGGGCUACGGCGCCAAGACCGGUAUCGAGGAGUGCCAGUGGCAGUUCCGCACGCACCGCUGGAACUGCUCCACCUUCAGCAACGCGUCCUCCGUCUUCGGAGGCAUCGUCGCCGUCAAGAGCCGAGAGCGCGCCUACAUCCACGCCGUGUCGGCGGCCGGCGUGGCCUACAGCGUGACACGGGCGUGCAGUCGCGGCCAGAUCGCCGAGUGCGGCUGCGACCAGCGCAUCCUGAACCGCCGGGCGCGCCGCUGGGAGUGGGGCGGCUGCUCGGAGGACGUGGAUUUCGGAAGGAUGUUCAGCAGAGAGUUUGUUGACUCGAACGAGGAGAAAAACUCUGCCGAGGGUCAGAUGAACCUGCACAACAACGAAGCCGGCAGACGGAUUAUCAAGAAGAACAUGGUCCGUCUGUGCAAAUGCCAUGGUGUGUCAGGAUCCUGCAAUAUGCAGGUGUGCUGGAGAAAAAUGGCGCCUUUUCGGCAGAUCGGUGACAGUCUGCGCGCCAAGUUCGACGCGGCCACUAUGAUGCAGACGGUCCGUCGGCGCCGCAGGAUCCGACUCAAGCCCAAAUACCCGCGCCAGAAGAGGCCCACCAAGCGCGACCUGGUCUAUCUGGAGGACUCCCCAAACUACUGCGACAAAAACACAAAACUGGGCAUCCCCGGCACCCGCGGCCGCGAGUGCAACCGCACCUCGUGGGGCAUGGACGGCUGUAACCUGCUCUGCUGCGGCCGCGGCUUCCGCACCGAGGUGCUCGAGGUGUCAGAGAAGUGCAACUGCCGCUUCGUCUACUGCUGCCACGUGCAGUGCGAACAGUGCAACAAGACGGUGAUGAGGCACACGUGCAACUGAGCUGGACCCGCGGGGUGGAGCGAAGGGGAAGGGUGUGAGUGUAGCGACGGAGGAGAUGUGAGCAUUGUAGAGUGCCGCGGGAUUCAAUGAGGAUCUGGUAGAAAGCACAUGAAAGCUGAGAAUGAAUGUGCCAUUGGAGAAAUAACAUGGGGUGCAUGUAUGCUCGUACGAAAGUAGAAGACAAGACAGGCUGAUCUUCUUUUUUCGUAAAGAUUGGAUUAAAAGCGUGAAGCUUUAGUUUGUAUGGAACAACUUUGUGUUAUGUUAGAUGCUGGACGAUCUAACCCCAUGUUCAAAUCACCCUCAAAGAUCAGUUCAAACCCCAUGCUAAAAGUGAACUAUUUUCUUUAAGUCACAUUACCGUUGGAACUGAAUCAGUCGUAGUACAUCCCUGACGGGAGUAGCACGCCCGUCUUAAAUCCUUUGUGAACAGUUCCGCUAAAUGCGGCUAACUCCGUGGCAGCGGCAGAUACACUCUGACCGACAAGUUACCCAGUGAGUGGAUAAAGUUAAAUGCUCCUGUACGUGUGAGCGGAAUGAUAUUGGGACACGCGAUAAGUGACAAGGAACUGGACGGAAAGACUUCCGUAGCGUCGACGGCUGCGGGUACUAUUGAGUUACUCACUGAUCCUGGAAAUAAUUAUUUAGUUUGGAAAUUCUCUCAGACCUCAGCAUGGGUCAGAUACAGACAUUUGCGUGCAUAGCUCUACAUGACUACUUAGACGUCCAAUCCGCCAUUGCGAGGCUCAUAGACGAUGGCACUUAAUACACAGCUAGCUAUCAGUUGACGUGCUAAGUUAGUGUUAAACUGCAUGUGUACAUACAAGACAUUGGUGUACUCUAAUCUUUGAACGUGUGAACUCAUUCACGAAGUGUCGCAUCAUGCUAGUAAAGAUGAUCGUAGGUGGUGUGUAUAAAGGCUCUGCUCACUUGGAUAUAUAGGGUACUUCUCGGUGGCCUACUGUACCCGCGAGAGUAUUAAGCUCACCUGAAAACAAACAAGGUUGUAGAUACUAGGUAGUAUGAGUACCUGCAGGCAGUCAAGGUAGGUGCACGAAAGACCGUCACGAAAUAACAAGUACUCGCACAGCACAAGUCAUUGAGAUUUUGACAACGUUUAUGUUUUAUUCAUGCCUCAGUGUGGUAUACAAUCAUGUCCAAUGACUUAUUCGUAGCGGUUCCGAUCGCAGCAGAAGUUUUAUUUUAUGCCCUUAACUAUUUUUUUAGAUAUUAAAUGCACUUAUCGAUUUGUUCCUUUUUUUAUUGUCGACCCACAAGCUCCACUGUCCUACUUUGUUGUCGACCACAAGAGGCACUGCUGGUCCGUGGUGGUCGGAGGAAGAACUCAUCCGCCUCAGCUGGCACCUCCAGCUGUGUAGUUCAGGAGUCGGACGACAUGGCGCGGCUGUAAAGAGCAAGAUGUUGGCUCAUCUUAGCAAGACAUUUGCUUCUCGGCUUUCGUUUACGUUUGUGUGGAUUGCUUCCGUUUAUCUGUCGUUUCGUUUAUGCUGUCCGACACGUGUAAAUAAAUACAUCCAAUGGAUGCUA